CUAAGACCUUUGUGCUCUGGGAUUUCUGCUGCUCAUUCAGUGAGAGAGGGACAGCCCAGCAAUGCUAUAGUGACCACUUGGGCAUCUGGGCUUUCUCUAGGUGGAAAAUACUUGGAGUUCCUAAGACAGGGAGUCAAAGGGCAGGAAGUCAACUCCUAUCAAAAUAAAAGAAUACAAGCACAGCUUCAACAGCUAAGGACCAAUAACACUUUGCUGGAAGGACCCCAUAAGGCACAAGAUCUGAGAAGAUGUACCUCCUUGCUACUUUCCAGUUUCUCAUGCUAGCAAUAUCACUGACUAUGACCUCUGUCCAAGGCAAAUGUGACUGUGAACCAAAAACAAAUACAUGCAAUUUUGUGCCCUGUGGAUUGCCUGGGAGCAAUGGGUUACCAGGUCGAGAUGGGAACCAGGGUCCAAAAGGAGAAAAAGGGGACCAAGGACAGAGAGGAAUGCUAGGCCCUCCUGGAAAAGUUGGCCCCAUGGGUAUCAAAGGAGAAAGGGGUCCUCAGGGUCCCAAAGGACCAAAAGGAGACAAAGGAGGAAAUCAAGAACUGAUUUCACUCAAGGCUGAAAUGACUGCUUUGCAAGAAGAAAUGAGGAUGCUGCAGACUUUCAUCAACAAAUAUAGACAAGUUAUGAUAUUGUCUGGUAUCAGAAUUGUGGAUGAGAAAUGGUUUAAGGUAAUGGAAUCUGAAGGGACAUUUGAAGAAGGAAAGAAAAUAUGUUCACAAAGUGGUGCCCAACUGGCAGCCCCCCGGAAUUCCAAGGAGAACAGAGCCCUGCAACAACUGGCCAAACAGUUUGGUAAGAACAUCUACCUGGGCAUGAGUGAUGAGGAAAGAGAAGGCACAUUCCAGUAUCAGAAUGGUCAAACUGUCAGCUAUACCAGUUGGGCAUCUAGAGAACCCAAUGGUGAAAGAAAAGAAAACUGCGUCGAAUUAUACACCGAUGGCGAUUGGAAUGAUAAAAGCUGUGAAUACAAAAUGCUAGUUGUUUGUGAAUUUUAGGCUAUACCAUAAGUUUUUAAGAGGGAACUGGGUUCACUGUUGUUGCUGGCAUCCUCUUAAAGGAUUUCCUGGGCAGGAGCUGUGUCUAUAUUUAUGAGAUAAGUACAGAACUUGGCACUGGUCUUGAUCACUUAAAUAAUGCUGAUCACAAAUUUUCCUGACAUUAUAUCCUCAAGAGAGAGACUUACUUCAAAGGAAAGAUCUAACCAAUCUGGAAUACAAGCCCUGUAGAUAAUGAAAUAGGACUUGGAUGGGGGAAUCUCCCCAAAGACUUUUGGGCUAUGCUUGGGGGAUAUACACAAGAAACCAGUAGGGAAAAUCUGAUGAGAACUGCAAAGAUAGGUUAUGGCCAAAGGGGGAAAGGCCAUUUCAAUUUGGACUCUAAAUAUUGUAGGUGGCAGCUCAAAGAGUGGGAUGUCAUUUUAAAAAGAAUAUAUUUCAACAUUGCAAGUUAUGGCAUGAUAUUGGAAAUAUCACGGGUCAAAAGCAAUUGUAGAAUGACCAGAUUUGCAAGAUGGGUCAAACUAGAGUCCAUGCAAAGCACAAAUCCCCUCUAUAACAGAUGCUCAUCCCAGUUUGAUAGAAAUGACAGAAACAUCAAUACAUUCUGAGGCAGCCUCUUUCCAUUGCUGGCCAGCUCUUCUUCAAAAGUUCCCCCUUAUAACAAAUCCAAAUUACACACACACACACACACACACACACACACACACACACACACUCACCAAAUUUCCAGCCACUGAUCAUAGCUGUCUCCUCUGUAACUGCAUGGGGCAAUUCUAAUCUGUCUUCUACUUACCAUUGUUAACUACGUACAACUUCUACAUACAACUUUAAUUACAAAAAAAAAAAAUUGGAGGUAGGAAUGAUAUUUCUCCUGCCUCAGGCAUUAUCUUUUCCAGGCUAAAUAUCCCUCACUACUCCAACCAUUCUUUUUAUGAUUUGACUUUAAGACUCCUUACUAGCCUCUGUUAGAUUCUUGAGAGCAUACCUUUAUUUGUAUCCCUAAUGCUUGCACAUAAUAGGUGCUUAAUAAAUGUUUGUUGAUCAAUUGA